AUGGUAAAAAGCUGUGAAGAAACAGAAAGAAAAAGAGUAGUGGAAUCAUUGAUUUGGGAAGCAAUUUGUAGACAAAAAGAUCCUAUAAAUGGUUCUCUUGGACCAUAUAAGAAAAUUUACAAUGAGUAUAGAAGAUUGUUGCAUGAAGUUAUGAUGCUAAAAGGUCAAACUCAACUAUUGCACAUGCAAAGUAAUCAAGGUUUAAUGUCAACUAAACCAAUAAUAAGCGAUUCUAAUGGAAUGGAUUAUCAUCUUCAGCAGAAUAAUGGUGUUAUGGAUGCUGCUGCAUUUUAUAAUGCUUAUUAUUCACAAGAUUUUGAUAGUUUGAGGAAUGAAGUUGGUAUUCCAAUUCAGCAACACUCAUCACAGGAUUUGAAGCAGGUGAUGAAUUCAAUCAGUGAACAAUGGGAGCAAAUGGAAGAAGGCACUCGGGUUGGCAAUCAUACCGUGUGA